CUCUCUCUCUCUCUUACAAAUUCGAAACGCGGAACAAAACGAACAUAUAGAUCUCAGGAGAUAAUCACAAAUCCUAUUCGCCACGGAAAAGUUUUCGGAGCAUCGAUUGAUCAGCUGACUGAAUUGCGUCAGCAUGACUAAUGUUCGAAAUGAUCCGCUUUUACAAAUGGAAACAACAUGUGGAACACUUCUACAUGAACUUCAGAUCAUUUGGGACGAAGUAGGGGAAUCUGAGGCCACAAGGGACAAAAUGUUGCUUGAGGUUGAACGAGAGUGCUUAGAAGUUUACAGAAGAAAGGUAGAUCAAGCAAACCGCUUUAGAGCUCAGCUAAGACAGGCAAUUGCUGAUUCUGAAGCAGAACUGGCUGCCAUCUGCUCUGCAAUGGGCGAGAGACCAGUACACACGAGACAGGCUGAUCAAAAGGCUGGAACCUUGAAAGAAGAGAUGGCCCGUGUUCUUCCACAAGUGGAUGAAAUGCAGAAAAGAAAAAUAGACAGAAGAAACCAAUUUUUAGAAGUCCUAGAACAAAUACAGAAGAUUUCCUGUGAGAUUUAUGGAUCAGAAUUUUCACAUUCCAGUAUAGAUAUUGAUGAAAAUGAUUUAUCAUUGAGGAAGCUAGAAGAACUAACGGGAAAGUUACAUAUGCUACAGAAGGAGAAGAGUGACCGGCAGAUGGUUAUUCAGGAGCACCUUCAGACUCUAAACUUGCUUUGUUUAGUGCUUGGGAUGGAUUUCAAGCAAACAGUGAACGAAUUUCAUCCGACUUUGGGUGACCCAGAAGGACCUUUUACCUUAACUAGUGAAUCAAUUGAAACCCUGGCUGCUGCAAUAACUAAUUUGCGGGAGGUCAAAUUACGAAGAAUGCAGCGGCUCCAAGAUCUUGCUACAACUUUGUUGGAGCUUUGGAAUCUAAUGGAUACGCCAAUGGAAGAACAACAGUUGUUCCAGAAUGUGACAUGUAAUAUAGCUGCUUCAGAAGAUGAAGUAAACGAACCCAAUAGUCUUUCUGUGGACUCAAUUAAUACUGUUGAAGCAGAGGUGUCUCGGUUAGAAGAGUUAAAAUCAAGCAAGAUGAAAGAACUUGUUUUGAAGAAGAAGUCAGAGCUGGAUGAAAUUUGUAGAAAAACACAUUUGGUCCUAGAGGAAGAUACAAUAGUGGAUUAUGCAAUUGAAACUCUAGACUCCGGAGAUGUUGACCCUGCCAUUAUUCUCGAGCAAAUUGAGCUUCAGGUUGCCAGGAUUAAAGGGGAAGCAUUUGUGAGGAAAGAAAUUCUUGAAAGAGUUGAGAAAUGGUUGGCUGCAUGUGAAGAGGAGUGUUGGCUCGAGGAGUAUAAUAGGGAUGAAAAUAGAUAUAAUGCUGGUAGAGGGACACAUCUCAUUCUCAAACGCGCAGAGAAGGCCCGAGCUUUGGUUAAUAAGCUUCCAGGAAUGGUAGAUGCAUUAACUGCAAAAACGGUUGCAUGGGAGAAUGACAGAGGCACUGAGUUUACAUACGAUGGUGUCCGUCUGCUCAAUAUGCUUGAAGAGUAUACCGUAUUAAGGCAAGAGAAAGAGCAAGAGCGUCGGAGGCUGCGGGACCAGAAGAAACUCCAGGGACAGUUAAUUGCAGAACAGGAGGCUCUUUAUGGAUCAAAGCCAAGCCCUUCUAAACCCCAGAGUGUUAAAAAGGCUCCCAGAUCUUCAGCCGCAGGUAAGAGGCUUUCCAUUGGAGGGUCCGCGCACCAAACGCCCAAGGCAACACCUCAGUCACGUUCAUCUAGGAAGAGUGACCAGCUGAAUGAUCAAAACUAUGAUGAAGGAUUUGGAUCUCUUCCAACUGCUGGCCGAAGAGAACUUGAUUUUUCUGGUCAACUUGUGAGCCACAAUAACUCACUGGCCAAUGCUCGUGAACCCGAGUUGGUGACUCGAAAACCUUUCGCACCGAUUGCUACAACAGUGCAACCAAAGACGAACACAACGAACUCUAUCAAUGAUGAAAACACAGCAUCUAGCGACUCAUCACAAAAAACAAGCCCAACCAACAAUAUGCCAUUUGCCACACCUUUGAAGAAGACUUCAGUUCCUAAAGAUGACGACCAGGGCACCAUGAAUCCAAAGCCAAUGACAAUUCCAGUGCCAUCUACCCCUUCAACUCUAUCAGUUGCAAUGCAGACUGCCACAACCCCGGCAAUCGCCCUGCCUCCUUCUGCUUACAAAGUCGAGCAAAUCCCGGACGACGACAUCGAAUAUUCAUUCGAGGAACAAAGAGCUGGAUUUGUGCUUCCGAAAACGCAUAUAAAAUCAAUACAAGUUUGAUGGAUAACCAAAUGGUUGGGUGGUUUGCUUGCCUCUGGCGUGUGAUGAGUCUCAAUGACCUUAACAAAGUUUAUCGUGGUUAGUUUUUGUAGUUGUUGUAGAGAAACUCUAAGUCAAUUCUAUUUGGCUUUUUUGGUCAACUGUGAAUAUAUUCUUAUCACGAACAUUAAC